CUUACUGUAUUAACACAUCUUAAAGCUUGUUUUCCUUUUUCAAGUUUACUGUUUGUAAUGUGUCAAUUCGAAAAUAGUUUUUGGUAGUUAAUUUAUAAUCUUCACGAUUGAAGGAUAUAGUUGGUACAGAGUUUUCGGAGUAAAAAAGCAGACUUCAUUGUAACCCAUAUUUGAUCUUUAAAAUAGCUGACAAAACAAUAUUUUUUACUGGAAUAGUACACCAUCACCUAAGAGAAACUUUAAGAAAUAAGACGAGGUAUGAAUAUCCGAACACACACCUUUGUCAGGAUUAUAUUUUUGACGUUUUCCUGGAAAUGUGGUAUGGUUAGCGGAUCGGAAACUACAAUGAAAACAUGGAAGCAAGCGGUUUUAGAUUGCUAUGGGAAUAACUCGUUUUUGGAAAGCAACACCACUGUUCUUAAACAGUACAUGGACAAUCCUACUAAAAUAAAUGAUAGUAUUUGGGUUGGCAGCUUUCAAGCUUUACUUCCUUGGAUUGAAAUAAGAGGUUGUUACAAUAUACCACUUACAUGCAAUAGCUUAGAAAUAGAUGAAACAAAUGCUGCAAGUUUACAGCUGUGUCAAGUCAAAUGCAUGAACAGACGAUAUUUUGCAUUUAACCAAAAGAAUGAGAGAUGUGUGUGCUUUGAUGAACAUGAUAGAGUAAAGAAAGAGACUGACAAUGCAAGUUUCUGUCAAGAAUUUAUAGACCGUGGAAACAGCAAUACACACGCUGUCGUGUACAAAGUUUUUGAUGGAUCAUUAAAUUUAGCGGGUUUUAACCAUGACUGCCUGUUUUACCAAUGUCACUCAAAUGGCUCAAAGUUAACUUUUUCUACAAAAGAAUGUUUUACAUAUUCCAGAUCGUACUGUCGGGAUGGGCGAAGAGCUGUUGGUCCUGAAGUUCAGGUUUUCCAGCAAUAUCGUGGUACUUGUGAGGAUCAACAUUUCACUUAUCCACUACUUUAUUCGGAGAAUCCAGUAGAACUUUGUAACAUAUCAGAAUCACUUAUCCCAGGAACAGAUGUUUGGGUUGGUGUUUACAGACAGACACUAUACAUGAACAAUUCAGAUAAAACAGUUACACAAUACUUCGACCAAAUUGAGCCGUACAUUUUACGGUGUGAUCAUAUAGCAGCGAAUGAUGAGUUACAGCAAGCCGAAAAUUGCAGCGAAAAACAUCAUUACAAAUGCGCGUCAGACACUCAAAUAGAUAUUCAGCUUGAACCAAUCAACACCACUUCAACUGUGUGUCAAUCUAAAGACACUGCUACAGGAAACAUAGAUAUUCAGAGUUCAGGUAUAAUUGCCGGAACAGUAACAUCGAUAUUGGUGAUUGUAGUUGUCGUAGUUAUAGUUGUAUUCACAUAUAGAAGAUUCAACUCUAAAUCCUGGAAACGUGAGGAUAAUCACAGAGAAGGAGAACCACCUAACAAUAAUAUACAGGUACAAAAAGAAGCAGAAGAUGAAAACGAAAUUUCUAGAGUAGUUUCAAUUAUUGUUGAUGCAUCCAAUAUUAAAGAAAAAACAAUAAUCCAUGCUAUUGCAAAUCCAGGAUACAAUGAUCUUCAAGUAAAUGUCGAUACACAAACAAUUCAAAAUGGAGAUCAACAAAGUUUAAAUUCCAUGGCAAAUACUAUGACAACUGCUGACUACUGCCUAGCAAAGCCAACAGACCCGGUUGACAUGACUAUUUACACAGAUAAUGCAGACUACGACCAUUUACAUAGUGUAAAACAUCAUCAAGAAAAAGACAACGUGAAUUUGUAUGACCAUGUUCCGAACAUAGUUGAUUCAGAUGACACUUAUGACCAUUCAGCAAUAAAUAUGCGUACAUCUGAAUCUAACAAUUAUGAUCACUUUGAUGUUCAAAACUAACGAAACUUGUGUACUGUCUGGUAUUGUUUGGAUUUUUUUGAAAGGGUUCUUUUUUGUAACGCGUUGGAAUAUAUAUUACGUUCGAUUUGUUUUUCAGUACUGUCCAUUUAUAAAACAUCAGUAAUAGUUUUACUAUCACAUAUUUUUACGUUAUUAUAACCCUAUAAUAUGAUUGAACUUUAACGUAAUGUAGAUUGUUUAUUAAAUUUUUAUUGUCAAUUUACUGUUUUAUCUGCAGUAUCGUGUUACCUGUUAUGAACCCGCAAUUACCGGUUGUAUGUGACACCUCUUUUGAAGACUGCUUGGAACAAUAUUUGCUUUUAUAGCUGACUAUAUGCGGUAUGGGCAUUGCUCAUUGCCGUACGGUGACCU